AUGAUUUUGGUAAUUUUGGUCCCAAUUAGAGGAAAAAAUGACCAUCCAUUUGAAAAAUCCCAGCAAAUCAAAACAGCAGUGGACCUAAAAGACCCAGAUAUUAUGAUGGCAACAUAUUUUGCUAUUUGGGAGCACAAUAAAAUAGCUGCUAAAAACAAGCAAUUGAAGCCCUUAACAUUUGUAAGCCUGUCGAAGGCCGAUAAGCGGCUGGUUCGAGGAAUGAUUGUGUAUGACCUAGUGAUCACGGCUAAGGACGGUGGUGCAGCUGAGCCCAAGAACUACAAUGGGGUCGUUUGGUGGUAUAUUUUUUCGAAUCGCAUGAUAUUCAAAUCUUUGGUAGAGGCGGGAAAGUGA